AUGAAAGCUCGUACCUCACGACGACGCAGCUCCACGCUCGCUCUCGCUGUGGCUUUAGCGCUGGCGAUUGUCCCAGCGCCGGCGACUGCGUGGUCAUUCUCAUCGCUCUUCGGAGGCGACGACGAUGACUCCGACUCCGGUUCGCGUUCAGGUUCUAGCACUCAGACAGGCACAAAGCAGACCAAAAGCCAGGAGGUUGACGGCGCUGAUCUCUCGGACGGCACGGAGGUCAAGCUGACGCAGCCUCUGCUCAAGCCGACGGACUGGUUCAUCACAGAGGAGGAGAUUGUCGAGUCGCGCGGUGGAAUCCCUCGCCAUGGCCUGCAGACGUACACGACCGGCAACAAGGUGACGGUCUACACCGUCGCGAACGAGUUCUUCACUGCGGUUGUUAAGGACUUUAGAGCGACGAAGGAGGGCGACCGCGUCAUGUACGCAGGUUGGGACACGUGCGUCAUCCCGUUCGAGGCCGACAUCGACCCUAAGGGCACCAAGACAGGCUUCGACGUCAUGUUCAAGGGCAUCGUGGAGCGCGGCGGCAGCGUCAACCUCUUGUCGUGGUCCAACUUCCUGCUGACGUCGCAGAACACGAACGCGCGCGACGUCAUCAAUUCGAUUCCUCCAUCGAAGAUCAACGGAGCCAAGGCUGUGUAUCUCUUCGACGACCGCGUUCCGCUCGUGGCCUCGUCGCAACACCAGAAGACGAUCGUUAUUGCCGCCAACAAGUCCACGGGCAAGGACGAACACCCGAUCGCCUACGUCGGCGGCAUCGACCUCACCAACGACCGAUGGGACACGAUCUACCACAACAACACCGCCAUCCGCAAGGCGGCCAACAUCCCGUACCGCAACAAUGGCUGGGUGGACGCUCACUUCCGGAUCCACGGACCGGCCGCGAAAGAAGUGGCCAACAACUUCCUCCAGCGAUGGAACUCCGACUACAAGCCGUGCCAGGGGCUGGGAGACAAUCUCCUGGACUUUGACAACCCGGACUACGAGAAGCUGCCGCCCAUCGACUACGCGAGCAGCAACACCACGUCCAAGCUCGGCCACCAGAACAUCCAGAUCGUGCGGACGUUCAGCUGCAAGUACAGACACUACGAGGAGUUCGCACCACGAGGCGAGCAGUCUCUCUUCAAGGCCCGACUCAAAGCGCUUCGAAACGCCAAGAACUUCAUCUACAUCGAGGACCAGUACUUCAUCUACGUGCCCGAACUGCUGGACGCUCUCAUGGAGGUCUUGCCCCGGAUCCAGCGCCUCAUCGUGCUCGUGCAGCCGCCCGACACGCUGCUCAAGGCCUCAGGCUACGAGAAGUACCUGUACGAGAUGAUCGGCCCCAUGAAGGAGAAAUACCCCAACAAGGUACAGAUUUACACCACCAAGCCAGAAUUGGACAUCUACAUCCACACCAAGCUCGUGCUCAUCGACGACGUGUACGUGUCGCUGGGCUCGGCCAACUGGAACCGCCGCAGCAUGACGUCCGACUCGGAGCUCAACGCCAACGUCAUCGACGACGAGACGGUCGAGUCGCCUGACGGCGUCACGGUGCUCAAGCUGGCGCGCGACAUGCGCAUCCGCAAGUUCGUCGAGAUGACGAGGCUCAGCUACAAGAAGCUCAACGCCAUGAAGUUCAUCGAUGCGGCGGACCAGUUCAAGAUUGCCGCCAAGGACGAGUCCACGAUCCUCACGGACUUCAGCGUCAAGCACCACGCGUACUACAUCACGUUCGUCGACGUAUUCCGGGAGCAGGUCGAUCCGCAGGAGGUUUGCACCUUCACGGAGGAAGGCUCCAAGAGAGAGAUUCAGUAG